UCUUUAUUGCUGCUACAUGUUUCGGUCAUAUAAGAUCAUCAUCAGGCAGUUAUACACAGGAAUACGUAUAGUUAUUGAGGUAGCGAUAUGGAUCACUAUCAGUGCAAUGCAUCGCAUUAUAUACAAACAUAAAACUUUUCCUCAAGAUGGCAUUAUGAUUAAAAUAGCAAAUACGUGAAUAAGAUAAAUAUAAAUAUAAACAACAUUACUGUUCCUUGAUAUCUUUGAUCUUUCCAAAUUCUUUAAAGGUUUAAUAAUAAUAAUAUCCUGUUUGUAGUGAAAGUGAAGUAGAUAUUCAUAAGGUACCCAAUGUCAUAUGCAAUGUUUGCAUGAAGCUCAAUGAUUUCAAGAAAAUCACUAGUUAUGGUGAUAAUGCCUAUGAAGUCUGAAUCAUUUAAAGCAUUUUCUUGCUUCCUGCCAUUACCCUGACACUUAGUUCUUCAAUUUAAAACACAUUUUAUCUUCAUGUUCAUGGUUUUCCUCAGUACCUAUAGAUAAAUGCCAGGAUAGCACCUCAAAUUACACUACAAUUUCUUCCUUCUGUAUCCCUUCCUGUUCAUUAGCCAUCCCACCAUUCAGUGUUAUGUAAUCUGAGCUGCUAGCAGCAUUGUUAAGUAAACCAUAAUUAAACUAAAAUAAUUUUUGCUGCAACUUAUAAGGAAUGAAGAUGACUAGAAAACUAAACAGACACUGGAGCACUAAGAUCCUAGGGUGCCAGAGAAAAAGAUGGAGCAAAUGACUCUAUCACUAGGUGUUUUAAUUUGAUUUUAUUUCACUCGUUGCUUCCUAUUAUGAAGGUAUGAUUUAACCACAGUCCAUCAAUACUUCAAAUUACCACAACGAAGUGGUUUUCAUUGUUUUAUAUAAACCACUGGCCAGAAAUACCUUGAAUUCCAUAAAAACUUAGUUGUGAGAGAAAGUUGUUAAUAUACAUGUAAUCUGGGGUCUGGGUAUGUGGUAACAUGGUUGAGGCACAAUGCAACAGGACAAAAUGUCGUGAGUUUGAUUCCCGAAGAGGUCAUUGGAUUUUUUUCAAUUGGUCUAAAUCUCCCAACUGCACUAUGGCCCUGGAGUUGACUCAGCUUCUAACAGAAAUAAGUACCACAAAACUUCCUGCAGUUAAAGGGCGCCGGCGCAUAAGGCUGUCAACCUCACUGCUAACUGUGAACUGAUUGUAUAGAAAAUGUGUGGGCCUCCACGGCCUGUUACGGAAUUAGCUUUACCCGGCUUCACCUUUAUAUGCUCUUGUAGCUCGUGUGGUCUGGAGUCUGUAAGCUGGUAAAAGUUUGUAAACUUUCCGCCGAAUCAUCUGUAAACUUCGACCACAGUACAUGGCGCCAUAUGCCAAAAGGUGGUUGUAAUUAUUACCAUGACAGGACCCCAAUUUUAGAAAGCACUGAUAACAAAUUUAUGAAAAUUCCGCGUGAGGAAAUACGCGCGCAACGCUUGUGGUCCUGGUAAAUUCCAGUACAAGAGCGUGCAUGGAAAGGUUUAGAAAUAAGCGCUUUCUUUUUGGGGGGGGGGCUUGCGCGUGGUGAAAAGGGAGUUUUUAAAAUAUCGGGUAUGAUUUAUUUUCUGUGUAUAUCGUUUCCUUAACAUGUUGCACUUCGAAUGCAUUUUAUUGAAAGCAUUCAGCAUUUUCGUUUCUACGAACCUAUUGGUAACACUGAUUACGAAAACGAUUAUCGUUGUAGGAAGAUGUGACCGAUGUGGUUGAUGUUGCAUAAUAUCGUGAAUUGGUUAAUCGUCUGAUUUGUCUGUAAUGGACUGACGGUGAACUACGGCAUAAAUUAAGAUUUGAAGGUUCAUAUUGCCACUCAUGAUGGAAACUUGGCUGAAAAUAUCACUUCUGCUCUGCAUUUUUGGUUCUGUGAAAGAAUUUAGGCCAUCCGAGCCAUUUGUUACACAUUAUCUCCUAGGAAGAUGGAAGAAUUUCACUUCAGAACAGGUAAAUCAAGAUAUCUUCCCAGUUGGCACAUACGCAUAUUUAGUGGAACUUGUGGUUGUGUUCCUAGUGACUGACUUUCUCUGCUACAAGCCAGUCAUUGUUUUGCAUGGUGUAUUUGCCAUUUUAACAUGGAGCUUGCUCAUCUUGGGAAAGGAUGUUCUAACAAUGCAGAUAAUGGAGGUCUUCUAUGGAUUCUUCAUGGCAGCAGAGGUUGCAUACUAUACAUACAUAUAUGCCCAAGUAGACAAGGAACACUACCAACAAGUGACCAGUCACACAAGAACUGCAUACCUGUUUGGCCGUGCCCUGUCUGGUAUUGUUUCCCAAGCUCUCGUGUCAUCUGGAACAUUGGACUAUUACCAACUUAAUUUCAUUUCUCUUGCAGCUGUAUGCUUAGCAACACUCUGGGCAUUCUUCCUUCCAUCAGUACGCCAUAGCAUGUACUUUUAUCGAAAGAAACAUAAACAAAAUGAGAUUGAUGGUACUGAGAACCCUGCGGCUGUCACAGAGGAGUCAGUUGUACCUUUGACUGGAUUAGUAGAGAGUGCCACCAGUUAUGCAGUUGAAACCAAGGAGCCCAAUCAACACAUUUCUAGAGUAAAUGGCUGUGACCCUGGCAGGAGGUUACAGGAUAGCAAGAGAGUUGCUGGUAGUUGUAAAAAUGCACAUUACUAUCUUUGGGAAGAUUUCUCUACUGCCUACACAAAUAUGUAUGUGCUGAAAUGGUCUUUCUGGUGGUCACUUGCAACUUGUGGUUUCCUCCAGUGUCUCAACUAUAUCCAGUUAGUGUGGCAGAAAAUAAUUGUUGAGAAUAACCAAGACAUUAAUACUGAGCUCUACAAUGGGGCAGUGGAAGCUUUGUACACAUUGAUUGGAGCGGCAACAUCUCUGGGGCUUGGUUGGUUACGCUUCAACUGGCAAAUUUUGGGUGAGGCUGCCUUAGCACUGUGCUCAAUCAUAGAAGGGAUAUUGCUCAUAUUGUCGGCAACUACAAAGUCCUUGGCAGUGGCAUAUAUUCUAUAUGUCUUGUUUGGAGUCAUCUACCAUACUAUGAUUACUGUUGCCAAUGCUGAAGUUGCAAAAAACAUAGGUGAAGACAGCUAUGGCCUUAUCUUUGGUGUGAAUACUUUCAUGGCUCUGGCACUACAGUCUGUCUUGACACUCAUUGUUGUCAGUGAUACAGGAAUGGCAUUGGAGAUACACUUGCAGUUUCUGGUGUAUGGUGGUUAUUUUUUGGUUCUUGGUGUUGUGUUUGGAUGCAUAGCUGUCUACACACUUUGCAGCAAGGAUAUGCACAAGCAGAAGCUGUGGUUGCCAAAGGAAAUAGUGACAUCUGAAUCUCAAACUUAAGAAAUUUUAAUAUGUUUGCACUGAAGCCAGCAAAAGAUCUGCAUGGUAACUGUUACACACAUUACAUUAGUUUAAUAAAAACGUUAAUAGUUGAUAUUGUUGGAGGCAUCUGUUUGUAAGAUUUCAGUUGUUACAGUUUUGAAUAGUAUAUGAUUGGUUUAUGCCUCUGUUAGCACAUAGAUUAGAGAGUGAUCAGACUUGAUAAGCCUGCUUAGCAUAUCAGACAUCGGCAUUAGAGCAUAUAACAGUAGAUUUGUAUGACUUGUUACUACAGAAGUAAUUUUGAUCUAGUUUGUCUGAACUAUUGUCUUUGUGUGAAAUGAGAUGUGAGGAGGUUAUUUGUACAUCAGGAUAUUUUUGGAACUGUUGGUGGGAAUUGGUAUUUUAUAGUGGUGCAGUCUGUUCACACAGAAAGUAUCAAGUGUUGCAAUAUGUGGCACCAUAUAGUUUGAUCUGUACAAAACCGUGUUACUUGCUUUUAAGUAAAGGGUUAGGAUCUGUUUGGAAACUUAAUAUGGACAUGUGAUAAUUCAAGAAUAGCAACAUUGUAAAUGUGCAUAUGUGUGUGCACUUACACAAAUUUAGUCAGUAUAGUGACUAGCUGCAGGCUGGAUGACCACAGGGUCAGAGAUCAAGUCCUGGUAGG